GCGCCAUCUACGCGGGUAUCACGUUGUACUAAGAGGUUUUAUUUACAUCAUGUGAAAAAGAUAGGUUAGGUUAAAUGUCAUCCGUCGAAUUUUAAAAGAUUGUUUAAUUUUUUUAAACGUCAAUAAUGCACGAUGAAGAUUUUUAUUAAUCCGUGAAAAUGAGAAGGGUGCUUCUUCUUAUUAUACUAUUUAAUGUGAAGAUUACUUUUGGAUCGGUCGGAAAUGCUUCGCCCUACUUUAAACGUUGCAGUUACGAUUGCACUCGAAUCAAUUGCACGUUAGAUGGAUCAAAAUAUAAAACGAACAAUUUACAAAACUUUUUUUAUACUUUAACUUAUUGGAGAUGUGAAAACGAGUGCGAAUAUAUGUGUAUGUGGGAUACAGUCGAUUUGUUUCAAAAGAGACAAUAUAGAAUACCACAAUUUUAUGGAAAAUGGCCCUUUAUUAAAAUUUUAACAAUUCAAGAACCAGCUUCUACAAUAUUUUCAUUAAUUAACUUGUAUGCUCAUAUUAAAAUGGCUAAAAGGAUGAAAGAAGAAAUCAGAUUUGGGAGUCCAAAUUUAUGGUUGUGGUAUGGACAUGCUAUUUUAUUCUCACACUCUUGGAUAUGGUCAGCAAUAUUCCAUGCAAGAGACACAGAACUAACAGAAUUCAUGGAUUAUGUUUGUGCAUACUCAACAAUUCUAUAUUCUUUUUACACCAUGUUAAUGAGAACUCUAUAUAACUCCUCAAAAAAACUUCUAGUCAUUGUAACAGCUCUUUGUCUUUCAUUUUAUGCCAGUCAUGCAACUUAUAUUUAUACGGGUAGAUUCGAUUAUGGUUAUAACAUGCAAGUAAAUGUUUUUACAGGAGUAUUAGCUGUUGUUGGAUGGUUAUCAUUUUGGCAGUUAAAUAAAAAACAGAUUUAUACUCGAAAAAUUGCUUUAUACUCAGUUUAUAUUGCUGUAAUGACUCUUUUGGAACUUAUUGAUGCACCACCUCUUUUAUGGACAUUUGACUCACACGCGAUAUGGCAUGCAAGUACAAUUCCUGCAACAUAUAUUGUUUACAGUUUUGCAAUAGAUGACUGCAAGUACUUAAGGAAACAGAUGGAAUUUUCACGAAAAGAUUCCUUUUAAAUACUCAUUAAUAGUCUUCCUUUUGAUAUUGUAGAAAAUAUAUCAUUCCAUACAA